CAUGCCAUCAGAAAUGCUGCUAAAGAUAUUUUCCUAUUUGGAUGCUGUGUCCCUAUUGGCUGUUGGUUGUGUGAAUAAGCGCUUCCAUGAGCUGGCCAAUGAUAAUGGAAUUUGGCUGAAACUCUAUUCCAGCUCUUUGCACCCAAAAUGGACAAUUUGGAAAAUGAAGUCUAAACAAACAGAAACUGUUUCUUUGGGCUGUGCUGCUUUACACGAUAAAGAGCCUGGGUACUGGAAGAAAGAAUACAUCUUCAAAAAAACAUCUGCCUUCAAAACUAGAGUAAUGCGGCUCGUUAAAUUUCUGGAUCCUUAUACAGGUCUUCCAUGUAAAAACAAAGAAGCUAUGAAAGUCUCUGGGUUGAGUUGGAUAAUUGUCUUAAAGGACAAAAAUGGAAAAGAACAUGUAGUAGAGAAGCCAAACCUAUCAUUUAAGGACACGUCUGUUACUGUACUUUGGCAUGGUACAGACUGGCCAUGCUUAGACAUCCUGUCAACCCUGAAACUAUUUGGAGUUACACCGUUGCUUCCUGACCAAAGCAUACCUCCCAACAAGAAUGGACCUCGUCGAUUUUCCUUGAUUGCUGAAUACCAUCUUGCUAACCUGACUGAAAAUAGUGUAGUGGUUGGUGCUGAUGAGCUUGUCCAGCUUUUCAGUCUGAGUCCAGGACUGUUAGUAGGAAUGUGGAAGGGGAAAAAUGAAAUUGCUUUUGUUAUGGCGAGUCUUCAUUAUAAUCAACUUCUUGAGAGAAGCAUUUUGGGUUCUGCUACUGUUCAAUAUUCUCCUCCACCUAAUAAACCUUUACGGGAUGAUAUUGACUCAGAAUAUGGACUACAUGACUACAGGCUGCAUCUUGAUCUGCAUGGCAGAAACUGCAUGUACCUGUGUGGAUCCUUCAAGUGCCUCUUCUGCAGAAAACGUGACAUUGAAAAUGGAUACGUGAGGCUCGUAGUUGUAAACUUAAAGGAUAAUAGGAAGCACUUGCCUAUUAUUGGGACACUUGGCAUAUGCUGGGAAACAGAUGUGUUUAAAGGCAAUGUAAAGGACUGCUUUGUGAUGGAUCUGACUCUCUUGGAUGAAACUGGAAUGCCCUUCUGGUGUUUUAGUGCUCCAGUCCACAUGGAAUUGUCUACCAAAUCAUCCGGCCUUUAUGACUACAUGGGUCAUAUCUAUACUGCAGACUAUGCAGAUUCAGAGGGUAAAGUCUGUGUUGAGUUUGUAUGGUUGGAAGAAACCAAGGAAUAUAUUAUAGUCAGUUUGGUGCUUUAUGUAAGCACCAAAAAGGUCAAUAGCUGGUAUGGAACAAACUACUGACUUAAUUAGGUCACUAAUUUCCUUGUUUUGAUAACCAAACAAACAACCCUGCUACAACAAAAACCACAAUAAACUGGUGAUGCUUAAGAUUGACACC